AUGGCUACAACCCAGCACUACAUCUGGGCCUCAGGUCAUUUCGUCUUAUUGGUUUCUGCUCUUCGGUAUUUUUUGGCAUGGAUCACGUUCAAAAGCGUCUCCGCUUGGUGGUAUAAGGCUUGUUACGCUGGGGCACUUGUUAGCUAUGCCAUUGUCUGCCAAAAAUCUUUGGGUGUGCCUCAGCCAAGUUUGGCCUAUGUGAGGAGGGCGGCGUUGGACGAGAAUGUUCAAUACUUCUUGUUGGCCUUCUUCUGGUGGUCCUCUAAGCCAAUUGCAAUUACCCUCAUACCUUACACGAUAUUCUCGUUGUUCCAUGCGUUGACUUUUACACGUACCACCUUGAUGCCGCAGUUCCUUCCUCCCGGCCCUCCUGCUACUGCAGGAGGGCCGCCUACUCCUCAUCCAUUUGCUAAAAAGCUGCAAGUAUGGGUCAAGGCCAAUUAUGAUCCUGCCAUGAAGGCCGUCGCCUUCACGGAGCUGGUUAUCCUUCUUCGUGUUCUGCUCGGUGGCAUCACCUUUCAGAAUUCCUUGCUUUCGCCUAUCAUCUACGCCCACUUCUUGCGUCAGCGCUGGUACCAAUCACAGUUCACCCGAGAUGCUAUCGCUUACUCCACUGGACGUAUCGAGACCACGAUCGCUGGACAGCAGAACCCUACACUUACGAGGCUCUGGGGGCAAGGGAAGUCGCUUGUUCAGAGAUGGGGAGGGAGUAACGUUGCCCCUGCACCACCACCAACCCCGCGCAGAUAG